CCAGAAUUUAGUUGGGCUUUCAUAACGACCUCUGGCCUUAAGAUAUAUUGGGCCUGGCCCGAAGCAGACCUCUCCUUCCCUCUUCUGCAUCUUCUUCCCAAACAAUCAUCCCCACCUCUCCUUUUUCAAACUCAAUUCUCAAUUCCUCCCAGAUUCAAAAAAGAAGGCCCCAACUUAACGCAUACGAUUCCCUCGCUGUCGUCCCACAUUCUCUUGGGUGCUUUCUUCUUCCCCCGUCAUCUUCUCUCUGCUUCUAUAUAUAUACAAACCCCCACGAAAUCAAAGGUCUGCAGAGCAAGGAAGAAACGGCUUAGACAUCUUUUCUCAAUUCCCGCCGCGGACUGGAUCAGAUUCUCCCCCUAGCUCAUUACUCAUCACCGCAGCUUUAGUUGACAGCGAAUGGGAUCUGCUGCUGAAGCUGCGACCAUGAGCACCCAUGGAAGUUUAGCCGAGAAGAAGCCUACCGUUGUUUUUGUAUUGGGUGGCCCGGGCAGCGGAAAGGGUACACAAUGUGCAAAUAUUGUUGAGCACUUUGGUUAUACACAUCUUAGUGCAGGCGAUCUUCUUCGGGCAGAAAUCAAGUCUGGGUCAGAGAAUGGAACCAUGAUUCAGACAAUGAUCAAAGAGGGAAAGAUUGUGCCCUCAGAGGUUACAAUAAAGCUCCUCGAGAAAGCAAUACUGGGUAUUGACAACGACAAAUUCCUAAUUGAUGGUUUCCCUAGGAAUGAGGAAAACCGGGCUGCAUUUGAAGCUGUUGUAAGAACAAAAAUCGAGCCAGAAUUUGUCCUCUUUUUUGAUUGUCCAGAAGAAGAGAUGGAAAGGCGACUUUUGAGCAGGAACCAGGGAAGAGAAGAUGAUAAUAUUGAAACCAUAAGGAAGCGGUUCAAGGUCUUUCUGGAUUCUAGUCUUCCGGUGGUUGAGUACUAUGCUGCCAAGGGCAAAGUUAAGAAGAUUGAUGCUGCCAAACCGGUCCAAGAGGUUUUUGAUGCAGUUAAAACCAUUUUUACCCCAAAAGAUGAUAAGCCUAAAACUGUCUAAGAGUCUCUCGUCAAGCAGCAGAAUUUAUCAAACGCUACUACUUCUGAGGUUAUAUAGUUUUAUGUAUCGAGUAAAGAUGCCAUUUAACCAUUGAAGAAAAAGAAGAGAGAAAGAAAGAACGAACGUUGGAGGUGGUGGCAGCUUUCUCCUAUUGUUUUUGCUAGUUAGAACUGUGGCUGGUUUUAUUGUAAUGAAUAAAAAUGGGGGAUUUGGAUAUAUAGUUAUGUUAUCUUCUCCUCCUCCUCCUCCUCCUCCUCCUCCUCUUCCCCUUUGCUGUAUUUCUUUUCAAAAAAGUACCUGUAAUGCCCUGUUAUCAGCUGAAGAAUAAAUGGCAUGCUAAUAUGUGAAGCUUAUCAAUCAAUCAGUUAAGAAACAUUACUCCACCUGAACCUUUGAGCAUUAACAUCAGCCAGGUAUUUUGUUUCUCUGCACCAGAUGUACAGCUCAGUUCUAUCUUCACUUUCCUUGUCCAUUUUGGUGAUCAUAACAUUGCAGCAAUUUGAGUCAACGUUGACUGCCGGUUGGCUUUCUCCGCGGAUUCCCAUC